AUAGCAACCCAUUAACGCUGCUGUCAGAUUAAUAGGUGCGGCCAUGUUGAUCUGUAGCGAAUAAAAUAGAAUUAUUUUGCUUUUAGGGAAUAAAAAUUGACACAAUAUGCCCAAAUGCGACCUCAAAACGAGAUACAUCCCCGCGACCUUCGCCUGGACAUUGCUUUUGGGCACGACGUCACUAUUUUUUUAUUUUCCAUGCCAGUACUACCUACAAAGGCACCCAUGGGUCCCGGCGUAUCAAGGUGUCAUAACGUUUUUUGUUUUGGCCAAUUUUACACUGGCCACUUUCAUGGACCCGGGAGUUAUACCAAAAGCUCCACCUGACGAGGACCGCGAAGACGACUUCCGAGCUCCUCUAUAUCGCAGCGUGGAAAUAAAUGGCAUAACUGUGCGAAUGAAAUGGUGCGUCACGUGCAAGUUCUACAGGCCGCCGCGCUGCUCGCACUGUUCUGUGUGCAAUCAUUGCAUAGAGACAUUUGACCACCACUGCCCUUGGGUGAACAACUGCAUAGGGCGGCGUAACUAUAGGUUCUUCUUCUUCUUCCUAAUAUCGCUCUCCAUACACAUGCUGAGCAUAUUCGGACUCAGUCUCUACUUUAUCAUGAACAAUAACGGCCGGACUUUGACAGAAGUCGAGCCUAUUGUGUCAAUGGUGAUAAUGGGCGUAAUAGCCCUCCUAGCCAUCCCGAUAUUCGGGCUGACGGGGUUCCACAUGGUGCUGGUCUCGCGAGGCCGCACCACCAACGAACAGGUCACCGGCAAGUUUACCGGCGGCUACAACCCCUUCUCGAAGGGCUGCUGGUACAACUGCUGCUAUACGCAGUUCGGCCCGCAAUAUCCUAGCCUGGUCAGGCCAUCGAAAUACGUGUACAAGGGCAAGAAGCGCCGCGAGCUUCGGCCGCCCUCCGAUUCGGGCAUAUCGACGAUCGCGACCGACCACCAGGUAAAGACGUACACGGCCGACAACGGGGCGGCGCACCGCGUGGUCGGCGCGCACGCGCACUAUAACAAGCUGUCCCCCGGCCGCGAGGAGCCCUCCUGCGAGAUGGAAGGCCCGGGCGCCUCCCAGUCCGCCGACUGCGAGCCCACGCCGCCGCCGAUGCAGCGCCGCGGCUCCGGCGCGAAUCUGUUCCCGCCCGCCGACCAUCACCUGCCGCCGCGACAUCACUACCCGCGGCUCAGCCCGCUCUCUAGGAACACUAGCCAUGGCAACACAACCACCGGCUACCGCGUAGUAAUGGAACCUCUUCGAUACGACGGCGGCGCGAACGGCGCGCGGCCUUCGCCGACCAUGCAACAGCGCAUCAAGUCGCUCGGAGUGGCAACGCCGCUCGCCGUCAGCAGUCCUGUGCGGAGGUCCAACCCGGGCACGCCGACCGCGCCGCGCCGGCCGGACUUCAUCGGCGUCGGCCGCGCCGCCUCCCCGCAGCGGCGCUUCCUGUCCGAGGGCGAGCUGCUGCGCGACCGGCCCGCGGCCGACAUCCGCGAGCUGGCCGCGUCCCCGCAGCGCGGGAACUAUCUGUGGGCGGAGCGGGCGCCCCCGCGCGGCGGGGUUGCCGUGUACCCGCCGGGCGCCGCGCCGUCCCCGCUGCCGCGCCGCAGGCCGCCGGGCGCCGCGCCCGCGCCGCAGCGCCCUCUGUCCUUCGUGCGCGCGCUCGAGGUGCAGGACCAGCUGCACCAAGAGCGCGCCGUCCCCGCCGACCCCCCCGACCGCGCAUCCGUCUACGACUGCAACUACGAGAUAUCCGUUUGAGACGCCCGAACUUUUGGUAUCAUGUUCCGUGUUCGACGUUCCGAUGUUACCUUAGCGUGGGACGAUUCGCCUCGGUUUUACGUCCUCGACCCCCGCGGUAUCGGGCGUUCGGUCCGUCUAGUGCCCCGAGUGCGGCCCGCGUGUGAUUCCAAAGAACGUGUUUGUUAUUUUUUUGUUUAAUGUUGUAACGCACAAUGAUCACUGACAUUGACCAUGGGAAACAUAGAAAACCUACUUUUAAAUUUAGAUAUUCGAAUUUGAACUUAUCGGAGAAUAUCAGGCCGCCGGUCAGCAUUUUGUAUCCUCCGUAGAGUAGGUGCGCGGUGAGGAGUGAUUGUGUAACGUUACUAUAUAGUCAAUAGCGAUUAAACGUAAGACUCGGGUUAUUGCUCGUGAGGUGUAAUUAGAAUUUUAUAUGUAUGUAUAUUUGUGAGCGAUUUGUAUAGUUGAAUUAUAUUUAACUUUGUUGACAGAGCGUGUACAUAGUCCCCCCCAGUGUUGUGAUUCCGAGAUGACAAUUAUAGAAGUAUAUAGAAAUUGUAUCGACAAUUUGUGUGUCUCGAUUACUCUGUAUAAAAUAUAUUUAUAAAAAAUAAGAUUUCGUUGA